UCAGGAGGCGGGAGGCGCCCUCGGGUCCCUCCCCCGGCCCCGCCUCCCGGUCAGCGCCCUUGGCCGCGGGCGCGUCGUUGGUUUCGGGUUGUCAGGCAGCAGCGGCGCAGGGUAGGCUAGCAGGGAGCCGGCGGCGGUGGGGUGCAGCUGGGCCAUGCCCGCACCCGCGUCCUGAGCCCCUCCACCUGCCGCAGGCAUGAAGGACAGCGCGGACUCCAAGGACCAGCAACUCACGGUGGCGCUCCGGGUCCGGCCCAUCAGCGUGGCGGAGCUGGAGGAAGGAGCCACCCUCAUCGCCCAUAAAGUGGAUGAGCAGAUGGUGGUUCUCAUGGACCCAAUGGAGGAUCCUGAUGAUAUCCUGCGGGCGCAUCGCUCCCGGGAGAAGUCCUACCUAUUCGACGUGGCCUUUGACUUCACUGCCACCCAGGAGAUGGUGUACCAGGCCACCACCAAGAGCCUCAUCGAAGGCGUCAUCUCAGGCUUCAAUGCCACUGUGUUUGCCUACGGCCCCACAGGCUGUGGGAAAACCUACACCAUGCUGGGCACAGACCACGAGCCCGGCAUCUACGUGCGGACCCUCAAUGACCUCUUCCAUGCCAUUGAGGAGACCAGCAAUGACAUGGAAUAUGAGGUGUCCAUGUCCUACCUGGAGAUCUACAAUGAGAUGAUCCGGGACCUGCUGAACCCUGCCCUGGGGUACCUGGAGCUGAGGGAGGACUGCAAAGGGGUGAUCCAGGUGGCUGGAAUCACCGAGGUCUCCACCAUCAAUGCCAAAGAGAUCAUGCAGCUGCUGAUGAAGGGGAACAGGCAGAGGACCCAGGAGCCCACGGCCGCCAACCGGACGUCCUCCCGCUCUCAUGCCGUGCUCCAGGUGGCCGUGCGCCAGCGCAGCCGCAUCAAGAACAUCCUGCAGGAGGUGCGGCAGGGCCGCCUGUUCAUGAUUGACCUGGCUGGCUCUGAGCGCGCCUCCCAGACUCAGAACCGUGGGCAGCGCAUGAAAGAGGGGGCCCACAUCAACCGCUCCCUGCUGGCGCUGGGCAACUGCAUCAAUGCGCUGAGUGACAGAAGUGGCAACAAAUACAUCAACUAUCGAGACAGCAAACUCACCCGGCUCCUCAAGGAUUCCCUGGGGGGGAACAGCCGCACUGUGAUGAUCGCCCACAUCAGCCCAGCCAGCAGCGCAUUUGAGGAGUCCCGGAACACCCUGACCUACGCUGGGCGGGCCAAGAACAUCAAGACCAGGGUCAAGCAGAACCUGCUCAGCGUCUCCUACCACAUCGCCCAGUACACCAGCAUCAUUGCUGACCUGCGGGGCGAGAUCCAGAGACUCAAGUGCAAGAUCGAGGAGCAGGGAGGGCGGGGCCAGGCCCGCGGCCGGCUGGAGCGGGGAGACAUCUGCCACAUCCAGGCCGAAGUCCAACUGCACAGCGGACAGGGUGAGCAGGCCGAGAUGGGACAGCUGCGAGAGCAGCUCAUCUGCGCUUUGCAGGAGCAGAUGGACGUGCGGAGACGCCUGCUGGAGCUGGAGAGCCGUGCCAUGGAGGUCCAUAUCGACACCUCCCACCACCUGCUCACCAUCGCUGGCUGGGAGCAUGAGAAGUCACGCAGGGCACUCAAAUGGCGGGAGGAGCAGCGGAAGGAGUCCUACACCAAGGAUGACAGCGAAAAGGACUCGGACACGGGUGAUGACCAGCCAGAGGUCCUGGAGCCCCCAGAGGUAGCCUCAGCCCGGGAGAGCAUCGCUGCCCUGAUGGGCGAGCAGAAGCAGCUGAGAAAGCAGAAGCUGGCGCUGGAGCAGCGCUGCCGCGAGCUGCGCACACGGGGACGGCGCCUGGAGGAGACGCUGCCGCGGCGCAUCGGCUCCGAGGAGCAGCGCGAGGUGCUCAGCCUGCUGUGCCGCGUGCACGAACUCGAGGUGGAGAACACGGAGAUGCAGUCGCACGCGCGGCUCCGGGACGGGGCGCUCCGCCACCGCCGCGAGGCCGUGCGCCGCCUGGAACAGCACCGCAGUCUCUGCGACGACAUCAUCCAGGGCCAGCGGCAGAUCAUCGACGACUACAACCUGGCCAUCCCGCAGCAUCUGGGGGAGCUGUAUGAAGCCUACCUGCGGGAGCUGGAGGACGGCAGCCUGGAGCGGGCCACCAUCAUGGACCGGGUGGCCUCUAGGGCCCUGAAGGACAGCUCCUUGCCCAAAGUCACACCAGCAGGAACCACGCUGACUCCGGAGUCCGACCCGGAGAAUGUGAAGGUGCUGAGCUCCGAAGCCCAGCACCUGCAGAACUGCAUCUUCCCACCUGUCAGCAAGGGGAGUGAAGCCAACUGUGUGUUCAAGGCCAGCCCCCGGGCCUGGCGGGUGAAGAGCUCCUCUGUGCCCACCCCACCUACCAUCCAGGCCCCUACUCAGGACAGCCUGGUCAGCCUGAGCAGCCGGAUCAGCUCUUCCCCCGACAGCACUGAGAAUCUGUCGGAGAUCCCCUUGUCCAGCAAAGAGAGGAAGGAGAUCCAGACGGGCACCAAGUGCAUCUCGGUGAAGGCUGCCCGGUGGCGCUGCCAGGCCCUAGGUGCCAAGGGGCGCCGCCUGCUGGCACCUGCAAUGGAGUGCAGCAGCCUGUCUCUGAACUCACUGAGCGAGGCGGAGGACACGCGGUCCCCCAGCCUGCUGGCCUGCAAGCGGCCACCCAGCCCCACACUGCAGCAUGCUGCCAGUGAGGACAACCUGUCCAGCAGCACGGGUGAGGCCCCCUCCCGAGCAGUCGGGCAUCAUGGUGACGGCCCUGGGCCCUGGCUGCAGGGCCAGAAGAAAAGCCUGGGCAAGAAACAGGAGUCACUGGAAGCGAAGAGGAGGAAGCGGAGAUCCCAGUCCUUCGAGGUCACGGGACAAGGGCUCGCCCACCCCAAGACACACCUCCUGGGGCCUCGUCCCAUGGAGAGCAUCUCAGAUCACAGGAUGCCAGUUUGCAGGCGGCCAGCCCCUGGUAUCCGGCAUCUGGGAAAGGCAACACUGCCUUUGGCCAAGGUCAAACUCCCUCUAAGCCAGAAUACAGGCCCUGGGGACUCUUCACCCCUCACAGUUCCCUCAAACCCAGCUGGUGUUUCCCAACGGGCUACCCGUGGGCCCCGCAUGACCCAUGGCACAAAAACCCACAGCAAAGAUGGACGCUUCUGGCAUAACUGAGGGGCCCUGCCUGAAACUGGCCUUCCUGCCUCCAAGACUGCGGUGUGGCAGGAAAUGGGGCAUGAAGGCUGGGCAGGUAGGGGUGACCUGGGAGCAGCUCAGGAUCUCAGAAGGCUCCUUAGACCCAGGAAUUGUGAGCGGGUCUGUCCAAAACUUCCAUGCUCUCAGCGCUACCAGGGGAGGUGAGCGCAGGAGGUGUGGCUGGGAUAACAGGACCCCCUGGCCUCCCAGCCCUGGAUAGAACCCUGUUGCCAAAACCCUGCAGAGACCUGUGGCCAGACUCAGCCUCAGGAAUGGGGUGAAGGGAGCUGUCAGGGGGACAGGGCUCUUGGGUCCGCAUCUGGGGCAAGGGGCCCACAGCCAGUUCACAUGCUGUGGUUGG